CCAGGUUAGAACAGCAUGGCGGCAAGCGAAGAGGUGCUCGCCUUGGAGGCUGAAGUUGCUUUGCGUGAAGAGGAGCUAAAGCUCCUCAGGCAACGCCUGGAGGCAGCAACAGCGGAGCAGUUUACACGGCAGGCGCCAGGAUCAGCCCCGCUGCCGCCGAAGGCUGCCCUAUCUCGGGAGGAAAUUCUUCGUUACAGCCGACAGCUCGUCCUGCCGGAGCUGGGGGUGCGCGGACAGCUGCGGCUGGCCGCCUCAUCGGUGCUGGUGGUAGGCUGCGGCGGCCUGGGUUGUCCCUUGGCCCAGUAUCUGGCGGCUGCCGGAGUAGGCCGCCUGGGCCUCAUAGAUCACGAUGUGGUGGAGCUGAGUAAUCUGCACCGGCAGGUCCUGCAUGGCGAAGGGCGGGCGGGCCAGGCCAAGGCGCACUCUGCCGCCGCCGCUCUGAAGCGCCUCAAUUCAGCUGUGCAGUGCGUUCCGUACGCCGAAGCCCUCACCCCGGCUACUGCGCUGGACCUCGUCCGCCUCUACGACGUGGUGGCCGACUGCUCGGAUAACGUGCCCACUCGCUACCUGGUCAGCGACGCGUGCGUGCUGGCCGGCCGGCCUCUGGUCUCGGCCAGCGCGCUGCGUCUGGAGGGCCAGCUCACAGUCUAUCACUAUGAAGAUGGGCCCUGCUACCGCUGUGUCUUCCCCAGGCCACCCCCGGCCGAGACGGUGACCAACUGCGCUGAUGGAGGUGUCCUGGGCGUGGUGCCCGGAGUGCUCGGUUGCCUGCAGGCGCUCGAGGUGAUCAAGAUCGCCGCUGGUCUCGGGCCCUCCUAUAGCGGCAGUCUCUUGCUCUUUGAUGCUCUUGGUGGUCAGUUCCGCUGCAUUCAGCUUCGGGGCCGUCGGUCAGAUUGUGUGGUGUGUGGGGACCAGCCCACGGUGACCCGUCUCCAGGACUAUGAAGCCUUCUGCGGCUCCUCGGCCACCGAUAAGUGCCGUAGUUUGCGAUUGCUUUCCCAGGAGGAGCGGGUUUCUGUUGUCCACUACAAGCAGGUGUUGGACGCGGGGCAGCCUCACCUGCUGCUGGAUGUGCGACCUAAGGUGGAGGUGGACAUCUGUUGCCUUCCCCAUGCCCUCCACAUUCCUUUGAGCCAUUUGGAGCGGAGAGAGGCCAAAAGCCUGGAACUUUUAGGAGACGCCGUUAGGAAAGGAAAGCAGAAUAUUCAGAAAGGGACACUUUUCCCCAUUUAUGUGAUUUGCAAACUGGGGAAUGAUUCUCAAAAAGCCGUGAAGGUCCUGCAGAGCUUGUCAAUCAAAGAUUUGGACUCCUUAUUGGCCAGAGAUGUUAUGGGCGGUCUCAUGGCUUGGGCCACCAAAAUAGACCCAACAUUUCCACAGUAUUGAGUUGUGUAAUUCAUUUGUAUGAAAUAGAUGAUGCAAAAAGCGCCUCUUGCAAUCAUGGAUUUCAAAAUUACUUCAAGGAAGUAUUUAUAAUGUGAAUAAUGGUGAGGGAAGGGGUGUUGGAAGAUGAUCUUUUUUUCCAUAAGUAAAUUUUUUUUUCAAAAGUUAAUUGUAUUAAGACAACCUUUAUUUAUAGAAUGAAUCCUUUACUACUGCUAUCUAGUUAAAAAAGGAUUGGGAGUAGGUUAAAAAUGGUAGUCUCUGGAUAUAUGCUUUCAUCUGCCCUAUUAAAGAAAAUUGAUUGUUAAAGCA